CAGACGGAGCUGUUACAGCACUAGGCGGAUAUGACAUCAUAACCAACGCAUUUGACUCUUCUUGGCUCUAAGCGCGGUCUAUUGGAUUUUAUUAGAAAUAUUGUUUUUCUCUCUCUUGCGUGUGAGGUUUGGUGUUGAUUUGUGGUCUGAGUUUUAAUGGCUGCACCUGCCCUGCAACAGCCCAGUUAUCUUCUGGCCAAUUUAAAGGCAGACUGGACCAUUAAAACUCUUCAUCAAAGAUGUGACGAGUUGAGCAAAAUUAUAGAUUUCCCUGCAAAGGAGCUGCAUGCAAUCUUUCCCUGGUUGGUGGAGAGUGUGUUCGGGAGCCUGGAUGGAAUCCUUAAUGGCUGGAACCUGCGGUAUCUGCAGGCUCGCAUGGCAGAGUACAACAUUGCCGUGGACUUCCUGGGCCCAAGGUUCUUUUUAUUUGUACAAAUCUGA